AUGAGUGACCCCCGAGAGCCCUCCUACUCGAUCGUGCCGAGAAUUCGGUACAACACCGUCGGCGGUGUCAACGGACCCCUCGUCAUCCUUGAGAAUGUCAAAUUCCCCAGAUACAACGAGAUCGUCUCUUUGACCCUGCCCGAUGGAACCAACAGACAGGGUCAGGUCCUUGAGGCCCGAGGUGACCGAGCCGUCGUCCAGGUCUUCGAGGGCACAUCAGGCAUCGAUGUCCAGAAGACGAAAGUCGAGUUUACCGGCCAGAGCUUGAAGCUCGGCGUGUCGGAGGACAUGCUUGGUCGUAUCUUUGAUGGUUCUGGACGAGCUAUUGACAAGGGCCCCAAGGUCCUGGCCGAGGACUACCUCGACAUCAACGGCAGUCCCAUCAACCCCUUCUCCCGUGAAUACCCUGAGGAGAUGAUCUCGACCGGUAUCUCCGCCAUCGACACCAUGAACUCCAUCGCCCGUGGCCAAAAGAUCCCCAUUUUCUCCUCGUCCGGUCUGCCGCACAACGAAAUCGCCGCCCAGAUCUGCAGACAAGCCAGCUUGGUACAGAAGCAGGGAAUCACCAACAAGGGCGUCCACGACGGUCACGAGGAGAACUUCUCCAUCGUUUUCGGUGCCAUGGGUGUCAACUUGGAGACGGCCAGAUUCUUCACGCGCGACUUCGAGGAGAACGGCAGUCUGGAGCGUGUCACCCUCUUCCUUAACCUUGCCAACGACCCUACUAUCGAGCGUAUCAUCACUCCUCGUCUCGCUCUCACGACCGCCGAAUACUACGCUUACCAGCUCGAGAAGCACGUCCUCGUUAUCCUUACGGAUCUGUCCGCCUACUGCGAUGCCCUCCGUGAGGUUUCGGCCGCCCGUGAGGAAGUCCCCGGUCGUCGCGGUUACCCCGGUUACAUGUACACUGAUUUGUCCACCAUUUACGAGCGUGCCGGCCGUGUCUCUGGACGCAACGGUUCCAUCACGCAGGUGCCCAUUUUGACCAUGCCCAACGAGGAUAUCACUCACCCCAUUCCCGACUUGACGGGUUACAUUACGGAGGGACAGAUCUUCGUCGACAGAGGCCUGUACAACCGUGGUAUCUACCCGCCCAUCAACGUUCUGCCGUCCCUGUCUCGUCUCAUGAAGUCUGCCAUUGGUGAGGGUAUGACUCGCAAGGACCACGGCGAUGUUUCCAACCAGCUUUACGCCAAGUACGCCAUCGGUCGUGACGCCGCUGCCAUGAAGGCCGUCGUCGGUGAGGAGGCUCUGUCUGCCGAAGACAAGCUGUCACUGGAGUUCCUCGAGAAGUUCGAGCGCCAGUUCAUCAACCAGGGCCAGUACGAGGCUCGCACCAUUUACGAGUCUCUGGACCUCGCGUGGAGCUUGCUCCGCCUGUACCCCAAGGAGCUCCUCAACCGUAUCCCCGGUAAGAUUCUCAACGAGUUCUACCAGCGCGCGGCAAAGGAGGCCAAGGACAAGGGCAAGCAGAGGGCACAGGUGCAGCAAAACGAGGAGAACCUGAUUGACGCAUGA